AUGUUGACGGAAGAGGGUGUCGGCAGCCAACGAGCUGGCAACUACGCUUGUGAUGCGAAGACCGACCCAGAUGAUAACCAUGGCAGCCUUCGGACAAAAGAGGUUCUGCCCAAGAGUCCAUGUAGUAUCUCGUCGAUUGCUGGUCUGGUUGUGGGAUCACAAUUCCUGAAAACCAUGAAAGACACAGAAUGCUGUAUUGAUAAAGAGUUAAAGGAGAAGGGACGGUUUGAGAGCUCAUUCUCGAUGGAAUGGUGGAAAUUUGGACCUGAUAUCAUGACCAGUCGACCUAAUAGCGCCGGUCCAGUCUCGAGUGCUUCUGAAUCUUCUAAUCUCAACGAUAGUAAGACUCGGGAUGAAAGUGGUUCGAGGGCUGAAAGUCAUUUGACAGCAACUACUCACUCUACGACACAUAGUUGUUCGGCUGAAGAAAAAGUCAGAACACUGACAAGAUUUGGUAUUGAUAUGGAUGAGAGCACGCCGUUGCUAGAUCAUGUGCAGCGAAUUUCAGUCAAUGGUCGGUGA